AUGUCUGACGAUGAACUACCCGUGUAUAUAAUCCCUGAAUUCUCGUCGUCGUUGUCGUCAUCGUCUUCUGUCGGCUUCGAGUUUUUGGCUUCUGUUGCUCUUGCAGCCUUAGGAGAAGACACUGCACCUUCUUCUGCACACACACGAAGAUAUAUUUGGAGAGAUCGGCACUCAGCUCAUGAAAGAUUGAUGAACAUAUAUCAUUGUAUCAUUUCCUUGGUUUCGCUCUUCGGCGAAUGCUUUGGUAUUAGAGGGUUCUUGGCAAUUCAAAAGUGCACGUGCGCACUACGACAACUAGCGUAUGACAACCUCGCCGACAACUAUGAUGAGGGGUUAACGUUCUCUACUAGAACGGUACGUGAGUGUCUAAACAACUUUUGCAUCGCCAUAAAGUAUCUUUAUGGUGAAGAGUAUUUGCGUUCUCCGACUAACCACGAUGUUGCGCUUUUAUAUGAGGCGCGUGAAGCCCAACAUCAUUUUCCUGGCAUGAUCAGUAGCAUCAACUGUACCCACUGGACUUGGAGAAAUUGUCCACAUAGUUUGCGUGGGCAAUACCACUGGGUUGAUCAUGAACGCCCGACUAUCGUACUUGAGGCCGUUGCUUCAUAUGAUUUAUGGUUUUGGCAUGCGUAUUUCGGUGUUUCAAGGUCAAACAAUGACAUCAAUGUUUUGAAGCAAUCACCAUUGUUUAUUCCCGAAGUGAAUAAGAAGUCUCCUGAGCAUGGCUUUACCGUAAACAGGCUCCGUUACAACAGAGGAUACUAUCUAGGGGGUGGUAUUUAUCCACCUUGGUCUUGUUUUGUGAAGGAGUAUGCUUAUCCGGUCGCUCGUAAGAAGAAGAUAAUGAAGAAACUUCAAGACUCUGCGAGAAAAUACGUUGAACGAGCAUUCGGGCUUCUGAAGAACAAGUGGGCUAUCAUCGAUCGAUGA